GUCGCUUCACAGACCGGAGCAGUUGAAGCUGAGCUGGCUGUCGGGCUGUUUUGGGUGUUCGGAGCUGAGUUCCUGUCGACGACUUUCUCUGAGUGCGAGCAGUCGCUUUGAAAAAAAAAAAAACAAAAAAAAAAACAGGAAGAUUUCAACACACCGAGUGGAAAAGCUCGCUGUCAGCAGUCUGCUGUCCACACUUCACUCUUCACACCAGACCGACUUGAACUUUUCUGACGGAGAACAGGAGCUCCAGCUCGGUCGGAUCGACGCCAUGGACCCCGCCAGUCAAGAUAUCAACCUGAACUCUCCUAACAAGGGUCUCGUUGUGGAUCAAGCAGAAAGUCUGUCCGAUGUGCCGGUGGAGGGAGCCGUCGGAAACUCGGUCAACCCUCUUCCACCGGGCCUGACGGAGGAGGAGGCUGAGGAGCUCCGCACCGAGCUCACCAAGGUGGAGGAAGAGAUCAACACCCUGCGUCAGGUUCUGUCAGCCAAAGAGAGACACGCCGCCGAGCUGAAGAGGAAGCUCGGCCUCAGCCCGCUCAACGAACUCAGUCAGAAAAUCAACAAGAGCUGGCAAGAAGUACAGACCUCCAAUGCCUAUGUGGCAACCGCUGAGAAACUGGGCGAGUGGAAUGAGAGAGUUACCAGUUUGGAGCUAUACAAGAAGACUCAGGAGACUCUCUCCCAGGCGGGACAGAAGACCAGUGCAGCUCUCAACACAGUGGGCACGGUCAUCAGCAGGAGACUGGGCGACAUGAGAGCUCUACCUUUCUCUAAUUCCUUUAGUAGCAACUAUUCCAUUCGCCACUCGAUAAGUAUGCCCGCCAUGAGGAACUCUGCGACCUUCAAGUCAUUUGAGGAUAAAAUGGGGAACCUGAAGUAUAAGGUCGUCGGCCCCAAAGGAAACGGAGAUGCCGUCAGCUCCCCCACCGACACCACCCCGACUCAGGAGAACCCGCCUUUCUGAACGCAUCCCUCCUCCUCCUCCUCCUCCUCCUCUUCCUCCUCCUCGCCGCCACCUUCCUCACGACCUGAGACUGUACUGUUAUCACCUCACAUCGCGGAGUCAGCCCUGACCUUUGACCCUCCACCUCACCGACUCGCCUCUGCUCCUGUUCGUCCCCAAGAUCUGUAAACUCCCUGACGGGUGGAGGUGACGGACUCGUGGUGGGACGAGCUUUCCCCGCCGGUCCCGUCGCUGCUGGUCUCCACUCUUCUGCCUCGCUGAUGGGGAAAAGGAAAAUGUUUUGCUGAUGUCUAAACCUGAGAAAUUUUACAAGACCUUUGCUUUGUUACAUCUCCACCUCCUGCCUCCACACAAACUCCCCCCUUUUGUUAGCGAAUCACCUGGCUAAAGACGGGGCUGGGAAAAAAAAAAAGAAACAGGCAUUAGAAGAUGUCAGGUUCUUUAAACUAAAUCAGAAAUGAUGCAUCUAAUUCUGGGAGUAGGGUUUGUCUGUCGUUAAUCAAAGAGGAACCCUGCAGGAGUGUUUUUGAGCCCAAACUGGUGAGUUUAGGGAACCCGGAUAUCUGCAGGCUGAGGGUGGAGGAGCUGCUUCUUACGGGCAUAAGCAAGAUGGUGGUUUAUAUUCUACUUAAACCUACUAAUUCUGUCUUCUUGUUUCUGACUGCUGUCGUGUACUUACAUCAUACAUUCAUACCCAGUUUACUUCACAGCUCCGUGACGUGAACUACACCCGCAGGUUAAGAGGUUGGUGGUUAGACUGGGGAGGGGGGUCAGGGGUCACAUGGGGGGGCAGGAUCCAGCACAUCUCACCCUUCUUAGACCCACUACUGCUACAUGCAUGUGCAUAUCUCAUCUCAGUUGUACCAUACCAACCAUGCAAAGACGACCGAGGUCUCGUGUAAAACCCCUGAAACCACCCAGGAUGUAAAAAAAACAAAAAACAGGAUGAAAACCUUAAAACCAUUUUGUAUUAAAACUAUUUUACACUGCUUUGCAUAAUGUUUUUACAUAACUUUUAUCAAUAUGUAUAAAUAUAUAUGAAUAAAUAUAUUGUCGCUGAUUGCUGCUCAACGGUGGCGAUCAGUCUGGGAGGUUUAAGGAAGGAAAAAAAAAAGCAGCGAGAGGAAAAACAAACUUAAAACAAUGUGGAAAAAACAAAGCGCGGGUCAGUUUCACAGGCGUCCUCGUCUGUCAGGAGAUUCUCUGUUUUUAAAGUACGUUUGUGGUCCGUGUGUGAAACUGACCCAGUAAUCAGCAGCAGGUCAGAACCAGAGCGGAAGGAGGAACGUCACGGAGUCGGUGGUCAUUUGACAAACUGAGCGUACGUGCCGCCAUUUGCAAGUCAAACUAAAACCUCUCAAGAAGAUGUGAAGCCGCUCUGACUGCGUUUCCUCUCAGCCUGGUUCGAUGGCUUCUCUCCUGCUGUUAACACAAUGUGAGACGAUGCUUUGCUGUGUACACUACCUGGUGAAUGUCAAACGCUUCUCUAUCGGCCUUACUCACUUUAAACGUGUCACCCGUUAAUAUGAUUUAGCUGGUAGGAAAAAGAAAUAGUUUCCCUUUUUGUUCCUUUUUAUUUUUUUCUUUAGUUGCACAGACUGGUUUGAUUUGAGGGACGGGGAGUUAGCGGUAAAAUGUGGAGGAUCCGACGAGCCACAAAAUGUGUCAUGGAAAAAGAUCUUUGCCAACAAGCCCUGAAUGCACACGUGAACAUACCAACGCACUCCUGUUAACACACUAAAUGCUACUAAUGCCCUGAACGCUUGCACACACACACACACACACACACACCUGCUGCGUGAGGCCAAACUAACACAAACGUCUUGUACAGAACCACUGUUGCUCUUAUUGUCGUGCAGAAAACAGAAGCUCUUACAAACAACUCGGCCUCAGAAACGGUGACGGUAAACGUGAAAGCGCCGAGUCGUGCAGCACCGUCACUUUUGCUAUGCUAAAUGCUAAAACUUGCUGAUUAAAUAGCAGCACCGCCUCCGGUUGUUUGACAUAAUGUGACAUUAAUGUUAGUGAAAUUUCACAGCCAAAAAAUGUGAGGCCAACUCAUGGACAACUUGCCAAAAUCUUCUCAAACUAUUGCUGUUAAGGAACCGAAUUUACUUAAUGAACUGAUGUUGUGUCGGUGUCGCCGCACAGACACAUCUGCCAAAAAUCUUCACAGAGACACAAUAUUGCUCUUGUAUCCUGUCGUGAGUGGUUUAUUGAGGCAGUAGAAAAAGGGUAAACAUAAAGGAAGCCUGUUUCUGCCAGUUAAAGUAGUUAUGACAUUCAAAAGUUAAAAUUAGGAGAUAAAAAAUGUAAAAUUGUGAGAGAAAGAAUUCCAAAUUAUGAAAACUGAAAAGGUUAAAAGUCAAAAUUAUGACACAAACUUGAAAUUAUGAGAGAAAACGUUGGAUUUCUGAGAACAAAAACCAAAGUUAUUUGCUAAAAAAUGUAUAAUUACAAGAUUAAAUCUAAAAGUUGAAAUUACAGUACGAGACAAAAAGUAAAAAUAAUCAUAAUUUCAACACUAAAAUUUCCAUCACUUUUUUUUUCUUUAACGGGCAGAAAUGGGCCUCUAUAUAAAAAUGACAUGUUGUAUACCUUUAUUAAUAUAGUUGAUAAUUAAAUGAUUUACGCUAAAAUUCCCCACUAAGAUUUAAACUUUCUUCUAGACCAAUAAAAGAGCAGAAAACAGUAGAAGAGAAACUGAAGACCAGAUAAAAAAAAAAGAAGAAACAGCUGGAUGUGAGAGUUAAAAUGAUCAAACAUGUAAUAAAAACACAGCAGACAAACAUCAGUCUGCUGCCGGUGUAUCAUAACUUAAGUGUAUUUUCUUGUUUUGUUUGUGUUGAUCAUUUUGGUAGUUUAAUAUAUUCCUGUUAGAUGUUUUCUUUUGGUUUUACGUCUGUUUUUUUUUCGGAGAGGUGGAGCUUUUGAGGGGAUUUAUUUGUACAAAUAAUUUGCCAUCAUUUAAAAACAAAGUUGCCAAUAUUUAAAAUAUCUGUUACAGACUUUAUUUCUUUCUUUCCGCCUCUGAAUCUCACCGAGUCUCUGAUGUUCUGCCUCACCAAGAUAAGAAAAAAAAAAAAAAACAAGAUGCUCACGAGCAGGAAAAUAUUAAUCUCAAGUCAUUUACUUCAGAUUUGAGUCCUAAAGUCAGAUUUUUCUCACACAAAGUGGAAGAAAUUCACUCAUAGCUGAUGCUUGUCGGUGUGAGAAACACGAUUUGAAGAUUUGAAUUAAAUGACUUGUUAGGAUGAAACUUUGCUCUGCAGUGUCGCUGUCGCCUGUUUAAAGCUGCAAUCCGUUUAGUUUUUUUUGGAGACUGAUGAUGAAAAGGGUGAUGUACUUUUGUUUUGGGUGCCAUUGGGAAGUGCAGCACAUGACGAGCCUGCUUAGAGCCAGCCGCCGCAGAGGCUGGAGGACAGUAGAGUAAUUAUAGCUUUAUUUAGGUCCCGGGACGGGCUGAUGUAGAUUAUUAAAAGGGAUCAGCUUUGAAAGGUUAUGGCGAAAUAAUUAAAAACACAUUUUGGUUUUGUUGUAUAUGUUUGGAUAUCAAUAAAGCAUUCCUUUAAAUGAC